CCCCGACGAACUGACUUCCGCUCCGCGAAAUGGCGACCUUCGCCCUCGAGGGAUUCCAAGGGCCGGUAGAGGUCACGCUCGCCCCAAACAUCACAAAAGAUCAGCUCCUGGACUUCCCUGCGUUCAAAGUAUGGAGGAAUACGCUUCAGGCGAAUCUCGCGCUUCAGUAUUCAGACCCAAAACACGCAUUCCACAUGGACCCGUACACUCUUCGCUCGAUUGCGAUUCAAUCAGUCGAUUGGUUUGGCAAAAGAAUCGGAUUCCUGAAGCUUAAAGCCGUCAUUCGCAAUCGUGCCGGAAAGGACGAUCCCAAGAAAGAUUUGCCUGGUAUCGCUUUUCUACGCGGCGGCAGCGUCGCGAUGUUGAUGAUCCUGCGACCGAAGGAUUCAAGGGAUGAACGAUUGGUGGUGAUGACAGAGCAACCUCGAGUGCCGGCAGGUAGCCUCGCCUUCUGGGAGAUUCCUGCGGGAAUGCUGGACGACGAGGGAACCUUUAGUGGCGCCGCCGCGAAAGAAAUUUACGAAGAGACGGGAUUCCAGAUUCCGCAAUCAGAGCUGAUAGAUCUCACUGCUUUGGCGCUCCAGCACUCGAAGAUUCCGGAGAACAAGUCCUUGCAGCAGGCUAUGUAUCCUAGUCCUGGAGGCUCCGACGAAUUUAUACCCAUCUUUCUCUGGGAAAAGGAGUUGGACCGGCAGGAGAUCGAGGACCUUCGCGGCAAGCUGAUGGGCACAAGAAGGGAGGGCGAGCUAAUCACUUUGCGUGUAUGCGAUUAUGAAGACCUAUGGCGCGAGGGAGCAAGGGACGCAAAGACGCUGGCAGCCUGGGCUCUGUACGAAGGACUGAAUCGAGCAGGGGUUAUGAUGGAGCUCAGAAAGAAGCCAAGGAAGCAGCCUAGUCAGGAUGGUUUAGACGGAACCAGCCAGGAUUAGGACAGCGAAUCGAGUAUAGUAUAGUAUAUCCUGAAGGGUUUCGGAGCACAAUUGAUCUUGAGCGAAAUGGGAUACCUCGUUGCUUUGUUUGCACCUGUAGGGUCUACCCGACAGGGGGAUCACCUCAAGUGAUAGCCCAGCGACUUGCAAACUAGUUUGGGGAUGCCGGGUCAUGCCAUUGUCCUGGCGCGGUGGCCGCAGGAUCCAAGCAAUGUCAUAAGCUGACGG